AUGAACAGACUAGUCUUAAAAAAUGUUCCAAUAUCAAUGACAAAAGCACAAAUCACAUCGAUAUUCUUUCCAGAAUUAGAACAUAUCGAAAUAAACUUUCCAAAACGAAAUAAUAAUAAUUAUGACAUUACAAGGAAUGUGUUGAUUCGGCUCAAUUCAAAAAAUGAAGCAAUUCUCUGUUCAAGAUUUAUCAAUCGUCUCGAAUUUCAAAAUGUAGAGGCAUCUAUUGCCGAAGUUGAUACGAAUAAAUCGAAUAACAAAAAUGUCCAACGAUGUGCAUUUUGUGGAGAUAUGAAUGCUGAGUUUAUGUGUAAUGACUGUAGUACGCUUUUUUUUAGCACAUUCUAUUGCUGCAAAGAUCAUCAAGAACGAGAUUGGAGUAGACAUAAAAUUGAAUGUAAAUCCUUGCCUGCUUUAAGGAGAGUAGACGAUUUAACCGAAAUAAUAUCCAACACAAAUCAUACAAAUGAAAAAAAUGAUUAUAAUCUCACAGAAAAUGAGUCGCAAUCUAUUAAAAAAGGAAAAUACAAAAUACAAACAAUGGAUAUUAAACCAAACUGUAAAGUAGUGAUAACUUUUGUAACCGAUACAAGAUUGUUUUACAUUCGUUCACUGUGCCUUGAGUCAAAUGAUUUAAUGAAUACAAUUCGACAUUAUUCAAAAAGUGCUCCUGUAAUUUUAAAAAAACCGUCCAUAGAUGAAUAUGUUUUAGUAAAUAAUCAUCGUGCUAAAGUUUUAGACUUAUUUGAAACUGAUCAGAAUGUUAAUGCUCGAGUUAUCCUAGCGGAUUUCGGAAAUGAAGUUGAGACUAAAUGGCAAGAUAUGAAACAUUUGAAUUAUAAAAUUAGAGGGAAACCAAGUUAUACACAGAAAGUUAUAUUAAAUGAUGUAUCAAAUGAAAAGUACGACCGAAAUGUUGACAAUUACUUGCAGAAAUUAUCGUUGGAUCAAGAAGUACUGGAAGUAGUUGAGAUUUUCGGAAAUCAAAUUAAUGGAUUAAAAGUAGUCCUAAAGCAUUCGCAGACAGGUCAUAUAAUUAAUGAAGUUAUAAAAACUAUGCUCAACAAUGAUCAAGAUGAAAAAUAUUUUUAUGAUGUAAAUAAGCUAUCAAAAUUGGCAACAAGCUCAUCCAUAAAGAUUUUUAUAACCGACUCUUCACAAUUGGAAAAUCAGAAAUUGCUUUCAUGUAUCCCUUAUGAAAAACUUUCCGACUACCUUCUUAUGUUGGAUGAGCUUAAAAAAUACUGUAAGCGAAUUUCGAAUGAACCUUACUCAACACCUGCUCUUAAUGAGGUGUGCAUAGUUAAAUAUAAAGAACAAUGGCACAGAGCAAGUUGCAGUGAUAGUAACUCUCAAAGUGAAUUCAUCAAGUUCAUACUAAUUGAUCUAAUGAUUAAUGUCAAAAUUAUAAGGAAUAAUGUAAGGAAAAUUCCACAGUUAUUCUCAAAGCACUUUUAUACAUCACUUUGUUACGUUAAUGAAGAAAAUGUUGCAAAAAUUAAACAAAUAAUUGAAAAGGAUAAAUUUAUACAUGCUUGCAUUCGAUAUGAUAGUAAAACUAAAUGUCACAUUUUGAAUAACUUACUCUAA